AUGCCGCGCGUGGAAAAUUACCGCGUGCCAAAAAUUCCGCCAUUUUGGAAAAACUCGCCCGAAGCAUGGUUUAUCCAGGUCAAAGCGACAUUGCGCAUCACUAGAAUUACGGUUGAUCAAACAAAAGCAGAUUUCGUGUUAACCGGUAUCGAUCAAAAGAUAGUCGCUCACGUAACCGUGAUGGCCGACCCGCCUCCCAAAAAUUUAUAUCAAUUACUUAAAGAGCGUAUUUUGGCAGUGUACGCAAUCUCGCCAAAAACGCGUUUGCGCAAAUUAUUAAAAAGUCAAGUAUUAGGCGAUCAAAAACCGUCUCAUUUGUUAAACCACAUGAAGAACUUAAAUAAUAGCCAAUGUGGUAAUACAGUGCUUAAGUCGUUGUUCAUCGAACAAUUGCCGGAAACUCAUAAAGCGAUUUUGACCGCGACAAACAAGCCCGACUUACAAAAAUUGGCCGAAAUUACCGAUAGAUUAGUGGAAAUAAAUAGUUCGAGCAUGUCGGUAAUGCCAGUUGUCGCGCCGGUUAAUAAAGCAAAACCGCAAACCGCCGAUUCCGCAACUAGCGUUGAUGAGAAAUUAUCGCAACUCACCAAGCAACUCUCGCUUUUAAAUAAAGAAAUGUCCAAAUUGCGACGGAGAUGUUCCCUUUCUCAAGGUCGUUGUCCCGCGCGUGCGUCAGAGGCAAAGAAGUCAGGCCUUUGUUUUAUUCAUAAGAAAUACGGUGCAAAAGCGACAUCCUAUCGCAAGCCCUGUCGUCAAUUUCUUAUUGACAUAGGCGCGGAAAUAUCGCUUCUUCCUGCGUCACUCUCCGAUAGGAAAAAUCCGUCGGAUCUUAAACUUGCGGCUAAUAAUUCCUUUAUAAAUACUUAUGGCGAACGUCGCCUUACGUUAAAUCUUGGUCUUCGACGACCCAUCGCAUGGAAUUUUUGCAUCGCCGCGGUACCUCAUGCGAUCAUGGGUGCGGAUUGUCUUAAACAUUACCAACUUCUGGUAUAUUUACACAAACGCAGACUUAUUAAUACGAGCAACAAGAUCUUUUCUACAGGCAAAAUCUAUUCCGUUCCGGUUAUUAGAAUCUUUACAGUUAACCGUAACUCUGCUUACACAAGCAUUCUUCUGGAAUUUCCAGAAAUUAUGGGAAUUAGUCAAUUAGUUCCUUCCGGAAUUCGCGAUGUGGAACACCACAUUCUGACUACUGGUCCUCCCGUUGCAGAACGUCCUCGACGUUUGGCGCCAGAUAAACUGGCAGCGGCAAAAGCGGAAUUCAAGCGCCUCGUAGAACUAGGCAUUUGUAGGCCUUCUAAUAGCCCUUGGGUUUCAUCAAUUCAUUUAGUCCGUAAAAAAAGCGGGGAAUGGCGUAUUUGUGGCGAUUAUCACCGGUUAAAUUUUAUAACCGUACCAGAUAAAUAUCCGAUCCCCCACUUCCAUUUCUCUGCAAAUCUAGCAGGUAAAACAGUCUUUUCCGUCCUUGAGCUCUUUAAAGCAUAUCACCAAAUACCGGUGGCUAGAAAAGGCGUGCCUAAAACAGCAGUCAUCACCCCAUUCGGGUUAUUCGAGUUUGUUUUUAUGGCAUUUGGCUUGCGUAAUGCAACCCAGUUUUUUCAGCGUUACAUUAACUGCGCUCUUAAAGACUUAGAUUUCGUUUACAUGUAUAUUGAUGAUAUUCUUAUUGAUGAUAUGCUUCUUUAUCUGAGGAAGGGCAUAAGAAUCAUCUUCGCACGGUGUUUCAAAGGUUAA